AUGCAGGAGCUGUUUCAGAGACUCGAGACGGAGAGCGAUGGAAUGGGUCUCGCAGUAAACAGGAGCAAGACGAAGCUAAUGGUAGUAGACCGUGCCAAAAAACUGCCCAGAAUAAAUAACAUCAUCCCAGGGGUUGAUAUCGUGGACCACUAUGUCUAUUUGGGCGCACUGAUCUACGAUGAUGGCGACUGCGUACCUGAGAUAAAGAGGCGUAUUGGUAUAGCUAAGGACGCGAUGACCAGACUGAAUGUCAUCUGGAAGAAGAGAGGGCAAACGAAGCCGAGGACGAUCUCCAACAAGAUGGAGCGAUCAAUUAAAAGGGGCUCCAUCCUCAACCAACUUUUGCUCGGUUGUCAGAGACGCGAUGAACAGGCACCGUUGGAGGCAGAUCAUAAAGACCAGGUGUGGAGCAUCCACAUCCACCGAUGA